AUGAUCGCAGGUGCUCCUACAGUCCGCGGACUGCCUCCGAGUGGAAUUGCAUCGCCGUGUCUCGCCAUCGACUGUUCGUCGCAGACUCCUGCUGGGCGAUCUGAGGGAACGGUUGCCAUCCAGUGCCAGCCACGGGUUCAUAUAUGGCCGAAACUCGGCAAUGAUAGGAAGACUAGGCCCGAGAAGGGCGAGGCGGUCGUCGAAGUCGUCGACGUAAUCGCCGUGAAUGGCGCGGUUGGCAUGCCGGAACAAUUCCCACACGGAGCUGGUCGGAGCCAGGGCAUAUCUGGCCGUCUGAGGACCACAGUGGCGCUGGUCUGGUUUAACCAAAUGGCCAAUGCAUCAAGCGGUGAAGCUGUUCGCAUAAUAAGCCGAUGGUGUGGCGGGUAUCACGGGCCUCGGGGCGCAUAG